AUGCCGCUACGAAAACUGGCUCCCAGGAAGAAACGGCAUAGGAAACGUAUAACAGAAAGAGACUCAGAUCCACAGAAUCUAACAAUAUUUCAAAAAAAUGAAAGACUUAACGUACUUCAACUGGACUUACACGAUUUUCUCAAACGGUAUGUUCCUGCCAGAUUCACAAAAAACGUUCUCCAGAAUAUCUUGGAGCAGCUAAAUCUCCCUAGGGCUCAUGAUGGAUCCACCCAUGAAGUCGCUGGUCGAUUUCUUCACUGUUUGAAGAUGUUACAGACCACUCGUAAUUCCUCUCCUCCCCCCAAAUUUUUAAAUCUUACCGACUCGUUACUGGUGCUUGAAAAGGCAAAAAAAAUCCUUGUUGUGACCGGAGCGGGCAUUUCCACAUCACUAGGUAUCCCAGAUUUCAGAUCUUUCCAGGGAAUAUACUCACAAUUGAGUCGGUCAGGAUUGGAGAAUGCCCAGCAGGUGUUUCACAUUGACAGGUUUUGUAAAGAUCCAACUUUGUUUUACCUGGUUGCUCAUAAAAUACUUCCACAGGGAGACAAAGUAUCGGACUUUCACCGAUUCUUGCGUCUUUUAGAACAAAAGAACAAAUUAUUAAGAGUGUACACCCAGAACAUCGAUAAUCUUGAAUUGGCUGCUGGAAUUGAUCCUUCAAGAAUAGUCCACUGCCACGGAACUCUAAGCACCUCUACGUGCUUAACUUGCCGUGCUACGUUUUCUGGAGCCGCUACAUUCGCAGCAAUAAAAAUGCGCCAGGUUCCUUAUUGCUCGUUAUGUGUUACAGAUCUAGGUUCGGUUCCUAUGAAAGGUUUAAUUAAACCGGAUAUCACAUUUUUUGGUGAAGAUUUGAGUUCUCGCUUCGAAACCAUGAUUGGAAAAGAUGUGGAGGAGUGUGACUUACUACUUGUCGCAGGCACUUCGCUAAAAGUGGAACCAGUCGCAAGUAUAGUUCGAAAUGCUCAGAACGUUAAAAAAGUACUUGUGAAUCGUGAUAAAAUUGAUGGGUUCGACAUAAACUUCUUGGGCAACUGUGACGAUAUAAGUGGCUAUAUAUGCCAGGAACUAAAGUGGAAACUAGAAACCUUGACUGACGCAAAUUUCUAUGGCGUUGAAGUGCACAAUGAUUCGUUCCAAGUUAGCAAAAGGUGGCAUGGAAAAAGAAAAAGGGAAUCACGGUUCGGUGUGUCCACUUUCCAAUUGCUGUAA